AUGGACAAGAUUAAAGCCGCUACUGGUGGUUCCAAACUCAAGCAAGGAUCCAAGGUCCCAUCUGGAAUCGCUUUGAAAGAAGACGACCCACACAAGCCAACCGUUCAACUAGAUCAAAUUGGCGGUAAAUUCUUGAUUGUUGGUGUUCCAGGUGCAUUCACACCACCAUGCUCUUCUCACGUACCGGGUUACGUUGAACAUGCCGAUCAACUUGCCGCAAAAGGUAUCAAAUCAGUUUACAUCGUUGCCGUCAAUGACGCAUUCACAACACAAGCAUGGAAGGAAAAGCUCGGUUCAUCAAACCCAAAUGUUCACUUCUUGGCUGAUGAUACCGGUGCAUUCACAAAAGCUGCCGGUCUUUCUUUUGACGCUUCAGGAUUGUUGGGUAACACACGUUCUCAACGUUACGUUGCCGUUGUUGAAAAUAACACAGUUCAACAAAUCUUCAUUGAAGAUGAAGCUCCAAACGUUACUGUCACAAAGGCUGACAACGUUUUGCAAGCUUUGUCUUGA